AUGGUUUCAAUAGUUGUGCUGGUAUUCCUUAUAAUAGGAAUUUUACUAUAUCGUAAAUAUUUAUAUUAUAAGAAACUGAGAAAACUAAAUGAAGAUGGAUUAAUGAUACAACCCAGAACCAUCCCAUCACAUUUAGACGACAAUAAUCAUUGGUUAAAUAUUGGUAAUGGUGGCAGUGAUGGUACCGCUAAUAAUAAAAACAAUGCUCAUUUCAAUGAUAGCACUGUUGUUGGCAGUGGAAUUGACUAUAAUGGAAAUUCUCUUGGAUCGACCAAAAAACUUCCGAAUAAACCACCUAGAUAG